AGUUAUUUGAUUAAUUUAUUUAACAAACAAACAAACAAAUAUAAUGACUCAGCAAAAUCAUCUAUUGAUUAUAUUGAACGUAUUGAUUUUGAUGAUGAUGAUGAUCAUCCUAGUUAGUCAUCAUCAUCAUCAUCAAGUUGAAUGUAGUGGUGGUGGUGGUGGUGAUGGUAUGCUAGAUAUGCCCGAAUCGUUUAUGAAUGAUUUUUUUGGUGAUGAUAGCGCUAAAAAAGUGUCUAGAAAAAACAAACAUGCUAAACCAACUAGCGUUGACAAAAACGAUGAUGCUGCUGAUGAUGCAGAUGAUAAUGAUCAUGAUGAUAAUCCUACUACUAUUACUACUACUAGUAGUAGUAGUAGUAGUGACUCUAUUGUUAAUACUGCUGCCGGUGCAGCUCCUGGUACCGCCAUUGUUAAUACAGCUGCCGGUACAGCUCCUGGUGCCGCCAUUGGAAAUACUGCUGCCGGUCCAGCUCCUGGUGCCGCCAUUGGUAAUACUGCUGCUGGCGGUCCAGCUCCUGGUGCCGCCAUUGGUAAUACUGCUGCUGGCGGUUCAGCUCCUGGUGCCGCCAUUGGUAAUACUGCUGCUGGCGGUCCAGCUCCUGGUGCCGCCAUUGGUAAUACUGCUGCUGGCGGUUCAGCUCCUGGUGCCGCCAUUGGUAAUACUGCUGCUGGCGGUCCAGCUCCUGGUGCCGCCAUUGGUAAUACUGCUGCUGGCGGUCCAGCUCCUGGUGCCGCCAUUGGUAAUACUGCUGCUGGCGGUCCAGCUCCUGGUGCCGCCAUUGGUAAUACUGCUGCUGGCGGUCCAGCUCCUGGUGCCGCCAUUGGUAAUACUGCUGCUGGCGGUCCAGCUCCUGGUGCCGCCAUUGGUAAUACUGCUGCUGGCGGUCCAGCUCCUGGUGCCGCCAUUGGUAAUACUGCUGCUGGCGGUUCAGCUCCUGGUGCCGCCAUUGGUAAUACUGCUGCUGGCGGUCCAGCUCCUGGUGCCGCCAUUGGUAAUACUGCUGCUGGCGGUCCAGCUCCUGGUGCCGCCAUUGGUAAUACUGCUGCUGGCGAUCCUGCUCCUGGUACCGCCAUUGUUAAUACAGCUGCCGGUACAGCUCCUGGUGCCGCCAUUGGUAAUACUGCUGCUGGCGGUCCAGCUCCUGGUGCCGCCAUUGGUAAUACUGCUGCUGGCGGUCCAGCUCCUGGUGCCGCCAUUGGUAAUACUGCUGCUGGCGAUCCUGCUCCUGGUGCCGCCAUUAUUAAUACUGCUGCCGGUGCAGCUCCUGGUGCCGCCAUUAUUAAUGCUGCUGCCGGUCCAGCUCCUGGUGCCGCCAUUAUUAAUACUGCUGCCUUUGCAGCUCCUGGUACCGCCAUUGUUAAUACAGCUGCCGGUCCAACUCCUGGUGCCGCCAUUGCUAAUACUGUUUCUACUACAACUAGCUAUAGUACCGGUGCCGCUAAUGCUAAUCCUAAUACUAAAAACCAUUGGUAAUUAUUGCUACACAAUGUUAAAAUUGAAAUCAAUUUUUAUAAUAAUAUUAUAACUGUUAUUAUUAUU